AUGAACGGUCAGCGUGUGUCAGACGGUCUGCGCAGAUGCUGGAAGUCUGCUGCCUGGAUCCUCACCUGCCUGCUGGCAUCGUUCUUACUGAUCGCCGUCACCAGCUUCCUUCCAACCGAAGAUAUCAAACUCCAACGAAGAUCGGUUUCCACCAACAACACAAAUGCUUCAGCGACAGCACAGUCUCAAGUGCGGCUGGUGAACGGCAGGAACCGCUGCGAGGGGCGCGUGGAGGUGCUUCAUAACGGGACGUGGGGGACAGUGUGUGACGACGACUGGGACAUGGUGGACUCUAACGUGGUUUGCCGGCAGCUGGACUGUGGCGUGGCCGUGGCUGUGGGGAGCAGCUCCAAGUUCGGCCAGGGCUCCGGGCCCAUCCUGCUGGACAACGUGGACUGUAAAGGAGGAGAGAUGGACCUGAGUCAGUGCGGGAAUCAGGGAUGGGGCGUCCACAACUGCUACCACUAUGAAGACGUGGCCAUCACCUGUAAAGGCAAUAAUGUGGUGGAACCUCGAGGCCUGGAGCCCACCACACCGUCCCGUCUCAUCUCUGCUUUAAGAGACGGAGCGGUGCAUUUGGCGGGGACAGGGGACCGCUGUCAGGGCCGGGUGGAGAUCUACUAUCAGGGCAGCUGGGGAACGGUGUGCGAUGAUGACUGGAGCAUGGCGGACGCCACGGUCGUGUGUCAACAGAUCGGCUGCGGACUGGCUGUCAGCGCACCUUCAAACGCUUACUUCGGCUACGGCACGGGACGGAUUUUGCUGGAUAACGUGAACUGUAACGGACAGGAGGGCAGCCUGGCCAGCUGUUACAGCCUCGGCUGGGGAGUUCAUAACUGCGGCCAUCACGAGGACGCCGGUGUCAUCUGCUCAGGUGCCAGUUCCACCAUGGCCCCAGUUAUCAACACAGAGACUAGAAGCAGAGAUUUCAUCGUUCCUGAAAGCACAGCAGUGACAGAAAUGCCAGUGCCAGUACAACAUGAAACGGUAACCACGGUGAUCACUACAGCCUCAACAACUAAAGAGAAGCCGAGCAUCCGUUUGGUGAAUGGCCUCAACAGCUGUCAGGGCCGAGUGGAAAUCCUCUACUUCACCAUCUGGGGAACCGUGUGUGAUGAUGACUGGGAUAUGGACAACGCUCAGGUGGUCUGCAGACAGAUGGGAUGCGGGCCGCCUAUCGCAGCCAAACCUCUGGCUUACUUCGGCUACGGUUCCGGACCCAUACUGCUGGAUAACGUGGACUGCAGGGGCAGUGAGCAAAAGCUGUCCGACUGCUUCAAUCUGGGCUGGGGACAGCAUAACUGCGGCCAUUACGAAGACGCUGGAGUCAUCUGUGCACCACCUAUGGAGUUUGAGGUAGUUGGAAGAGACUUUGGAAUAGGGAUCACAGAGAAACCUCUGACAACUACAAGAGCAACUACAACCACAACACCAGCGGACGGUACCAUCAGGCUCAUUGGGGGCCUGAACCGCUGCGAGGGCCGUUUGGAGAUAUUCCUGAGAGGAGAAUGGGGAACCGUUUGCGAUGACGCUUGGGAUCUUGCGGAUGCGAAGGUGGUGUGCAGGCAGAUGGGCUGCGGGCUGCCUAAAGAAGCCCAGGUGAUGGCCCACUUCGGUCCCGGCCGUGGCACAAUCCAGAUGGACAAUCUGAAGUGCACAGGCACAGAAGCUGCUCUCACUCAGUGCUCUCACAUAGCAUGGAACGUCCACAACUGUGACCAUUCAGAGGACGCCAGUGUCACAUGUGGACUCUAAUGACUCCACCCAGCACAGGCCCCGCCCACCGCAAGCCACACCCACCACCCCGGUCCAGCGAAUGCAGUGGGGGCGAAAGAGUUUCCAGGACUUGUAUACAUUUUGUACAUAACACCUCACGCCAACCCUGACGAGGAGAUUUUAAAGAUGAAAUAGUUAUUGGGUGUGAAACAAGAAAAAAUAAAUUAUGCUAAUACUGUUAUAUAAAUAACUGUAAUAAAUAUUAUGGAUGAAAAUUCUAAUUAUGCACUUUAUAAACUAUAAGAAUGUGUACACAUAGGUGAAUAAAUAUGCUGAACAUAUUUUAAACUAUUGAUAUACAGUGGAAACCAAAGUUUUAGACUCUUUUUAGCCUGUCAUUUUGAUUGCAAGCACCAAAUUUAUUAUGCCAUAAAAAAAUAAUAAUAAUUUAAUUAUGUACUGUAUGUCUAGUACUUUUCCUAUUAUAAAAAGGUUUGAUUCUAUUGGAUCUGUUUCCCGAAUGCUAAAAGUAAAACAUAAAAUAUUUCUAUUUUAAAUAUUUGAAAAUUGUUGUGUUGCAUAUCUUAAAAGUUAAGAGUGUAGAUCUUAGAGCAUUUUGUUGAAUGAAAAAUAGCCUUCAUUAUUCAGUCCGAAAAAAAAUUAUAAUUUGGCUUGUUUAGAAAAAAAAUUUCUCAGGUCCAUUUUAAUUGGGAAAAAUAAUGGCUUUAAUGCAAAAAAUGCUUUUCAUUUUCUUUUUUCUUAUUUUUUGAGUAGAUGAACAGAAUAAAAAAUAAUGGGAUAAAAGGAAUAUUGCAUUUCCAUUGAGGAAACUAAACCAUGUCAUUGGCCUAACUGCAUAACCUCUUAGUGUAUUAAGUAGUUAUGUUAUGAGCUAGGAAAUAAAUUUGGGGCAAAAAUGAUGUUAAGAUAUUUUAUAUAUAAUAUAUAAUUAAACAUUUGAUAUCCUAAAUUAAAAAAAAAAAAAAAAAAAAAGUAGAAGAAGCAAAAAAGUAAAGAAAAAGAAGACCACUGAUCAAAUGUUUUUGAUGUAACUUUUUUUUACUGUACAUACUUUCCUAAA